ACUGCAAACAAGAGGAGAAACGUGGAGAUUUCUGUUCUUAUACUUCAUAUCAAAUAAUAUUAAUACGUUACGUGGAGAGAACAAGAUCAAUGAGAAGACAGUGUGGAUAGUAAAACCAUUCGUGGGAUAUUUUUUUAUUUAUAUGACAACUUUUUCGUGUUCAUUUACAAAUGACUAGGACAUUUGAUCAAUGAUAUCAGCAAAGCAGAUGAGAACCAAGUGAUUCUCCCAUCCUUGGCCCUUCUGUCAAUCAAAGGUCCCACCUGAGCAAAGAGACGCCUCCCGCGUCCGGCUCUGAACAAACCCAUUUCCUUCUUGUGUUGGUCCCCGUGAGUGUUUCAAAACUGUUUCUCCAACGCUUUUUCCAGAAACUAAGACUGUUUUCCAAAGCAGAAACAGCACAGACCUCCCAGGCUGAGGUGAUGGGAAGUGUGCGGGCCAACCGCUACAGCAUCGUGUCAUCAGAGGAGGACGGUAUGAAGUUGGCCACUGCUGCGGUGCCAAAUGGGUACGGUAAUGGGAAGGGUAAAGUCCAUACCCGUCACCAGACCCAGAGCAGGUUUGUCAAGAAAGAUGGGCAUUGCAAUGUGCAGUUCAUCAACGUCAGUGAGAAGAGCCAGCGCUACCUGGCCGACAUCUUCACCACGUGCGUGGACAUUCGCUGGCGAUGGAUGUUCGUUAUCUUCUGCUUAGCCUUCCUGCUGUCGUGGCUGUUUUUUGGAUGUAUCUUCUGGCUGGUUGCAAUAUUCCAUGGAGACCUGGAGAAUGACGGGCCCAAGUGUGUCUCCAACGUCAGCACCUUCACGGCUGCCUUUCUCUUCUCGAUCGAGACACAGACCACUAUCGGCUACGGUUAUCGCUAUGUUACAGAUGAGUGCCCCAUUGCAGUGUUCAUGGUUGUAUUUCAGAGCAUAGUUGGCUGCAUCAUUGAUGCCUUCAUUAUCGGUGCUGUCAUGGCUAAGAUGGCAAAGCCCAAGAAGCGCAAUGAGACUCUGGUGUUCAGCCACAAUGCUACAGUGGCCAUGAGGGACAAUAAGCUGUGUCUCAUGUGGCGGGUGGGCAACUUGCGCAAAAGCCACCUGGUAGAGGCCCACGUUCGAGCUCAGCUCCUUAGAUCUCGCACCACAGCUGAAGGAGAGUUUAUUCCUCUAGACCAGAUGGACAUCGACGUGGGCUUUGACAGUGGUAUUGACCGCAUCUUCUUGGUGUCACCGAUCACCAUCGUCCAUGAGAUAGAUGAGGACAGCCCUUUCUACGACAUGAGCAAACAGGAAAUGGAGAACUCUGACUUUGAAAUCGUUGUUAUCCUGGAGGGCAUGGUGGAGGCCACAGCCAUGACCACCCAAUGCCGCAGCUCCUACGUGGCCAGUGAGAUCCUGUGGGGACACCGAUUUGAGCCUGUCCUCUUCGAGGAGAAAAACUAUUACAAAGUAGACUACUCUCGCUUUCACAAGACCUACGAAGUGCCCAGCACCCCCCUGUGCAGCGCGAGGGAACUUGCUGAGAAAAAAUAUAUUCUAUCCAACACUAAUUCAUUUUGCUAUGAGAACGAGGUGGCCCUUUCAAACAAAGAGGAGAAAGAGGAAGGGACCGGGGACAGCCUGGGCCCUGGUGGGACAAACACGGACACUAGCUCAGACUCUGACCACAGCCAGGCCACUGUUCCCUUAGAACCGCGGCCUCUACGGCGGGAAUCUGAAAUAUGACUCUGCAGAACUAGCGGAAAUGUUUUACAGACACCUCUUCAUACAGGCACAUUGAGCUGAACUGAGCCCCCUCGGCAAGGCAGACUCAAGCUAAAGGUACAGUUAUGAGGAGGAAUCGACAGAGAAACUGUACAAGAGUGUUCUUACGAGUAUGCAUGGUUAAAUAAAACACAGCAUAGAGGCACUGCACAGCUAACGAAGAAUGCACAUCAAGAGAGCAAGAGAGCGAGAGAGAGAGAGUAACCCAUAAAGGUGAUACUACCUUCGUAGACCGUUGCUUCUGAAUGACAUGAAGCCGAGAAGAUGUAACUGGUUGACAAAACUUGAAAAUGAGCAGGCAUGUGUCCAUGCGCAGUUGUCCGAUGAUUUCAUUGAGCCUCAUGCUGCUACCAAAGUUGAUAAUAUUGUGGAAAAUUUAGAUAUUAAGUUCUGUCAAUUGAAUUGAAAAAUAAAAUAAAUGCUUAAUAUUAACAAUAUUAAAAUGAAAAUAAUAAUAGUUCUUAGAAAUAGCAUUAUACAAAUCAGAAAAAACACAGCUAGGAGUGUUAGUCAAUGUCUGUUUCAUAAAAAAAUCCUGGUCCUACCAUCUAGAUAAUUAUUCGAUCAUUCGCUCGUUUCCUUUCUAUUUAAAUCCACUGGCCUUUGUGUGAGGCUUCGGGUAUUUCUGGAACAAUCUAGGGGGCUUAGGUGUGUGACCUCUAUUUGGGAAUACCAACAACUUGGUGUCUGCUUAAAAAAAAAAGACAUUAAGUUGGAAGUCCUCCAUAGUACAUUUAAUUUCAGGUUAUCUGAAGGGAAAAAUGCACAGGAACAUGCCUGUUUAUUGCUAUAUAUAUAUAUAUAUAUAUAUAUAUAUAUAUAUAUAUAUAUAUAUAUAUAUAUACACAUAUUGGACGAGGUCUUUAGAUGAGUCAGUAUCAGAAUGAGAAUCGCAGUCGUCAAUGAGAGUGAACGUGUUAAUGAAUGUCUUUAUACAAGUGCUGCUAUGUUGCGUAUUAUAGAGUUUUAGACUUAAACCAAAGAGUAUUCAAAGUGAUCUUUCAUAAAGAAUGCAUCAAAUUCUUUUAUUAGACUUAGGACAAUAGGACAAGUCAUGACGUGGAAUAAAAAAUAUAUAUUUUUAAGUGAAAAUAAAUGUUUUUGUUUUUUUUGCAUACGCACAUACAUGGUUUAUUUUAAUUGAUUAUUUUCUUAUUCAAAGCCAAAUGCGUUUAAGACAAAGACUAUGAAUAACAAAGCCCAUUGGAAAUAAGAGCUACAGGUUAGCCUACCUUAUUUUCAAACCCUCCUUUCCAUCCCAUAAUUUCAGUGUUACUGUAGUUUAGUGCUACAGGAGUGUUUGGGUUGGAAAAUGUUGCUAGAAAACCUUUAGAUUUAAGGUUCUAUUUGCAUGGAUUACAUAUAGUUUAAUUUACAGACUGCAUGAGUGUAUAUUGGCUGAACGGUUUGGGUUCUGUUGGAAAGAAACAGGACAGAAAACAGAAUCCACUCUCCCUUCUGACUUUAAACCUCUCUAAUAAUUCAUUAUUUCUCAAUCAAUUCUAACCUCUUGUCUUGCCUGACAAACUGCAAUACAACCCUAAUGGCUUGUUUGGCAGGUGUACCAAGGACUGGGUAUGUAGACUGAGAUCAUGGUACUGUGAUCCAAUGACAAUCAGAACACAGAAUCUGAGCUCAGAACCGCACUUGCACACAAAAUGUGCUCCUGAGAUAUCACUUGACGUCUGAUUGUGAUGUCUAACGUGUCUCCUCUCACCCUUUGCUUUUUCUUAAAUACCUGAAGUAACCCAAAACAGCCACUAGAGCAUGUUCUCCGGAAAGCUCUAUAAAAGGAGACAAUAAAAUUAGGAGAUAUUUAUUUUGUGUUAAACAUACAAAAGAGUAUACAUUGCUAUUAAUGCUGUGUCAUCAAUAGCUUUUCUUUUUCUUUUUCUCUUGGCAUGUCAUUUUUCAAGAGACACUUGAUGAACAGUCAAAUACGCAGUGCACCUGGUUCUCACCGGGCUACUGUUGGCUCGCUUGAAGAAAAUGCUCCUUUCAAUGACUGUGGGUCUAUAGGCAGCAUUUAUUUUUCUCUGUUGUAAAUAUCCCCAUACUUUAUACAGUCGUUUUUGUAUCAGUCUUCCCUAUUGUACUGAAAAAAAAAAACAAUGGAAUGUACAGAUUUUUAUAUUAUGAUUAAUAUUAUUGUUGUUCUUAUUAUAAUUAUUAUUAUGUAAUUAUUAUUGUACAUGCUAUUUUAUUUCAUUUUUCAAUAAAACGAGAUUGAAUGAUCAAAA